AGAGCUAUUUGUAUAUCUCAAACAGUCAGAAUAUCUCAACGCACUGCAAUGGCAAGAAAGCUUAUAUCCUUAGAUGACCUAACCCCCAACUGCCUCGGGGUCUUGAAGACGAUCAACUCCGUUGUGUUGCCCACCUCAUACACCGCCGAAUGGUAUCAGGAGUCCUUAGAAGCCGGCGAGUUGGUCAAGUUGGCCUACUACAGCGAGAUUCCCGUGGGUGCAAUCAAAGCCAAGCAGGUCUACUCCUCCAAUACCAGCAAGCCGUCCACUGUGCCGACCGGUGUGUACAUUGAGUCGUUUGCGGUGCUUCCAGCAUAUCAGCAAAAGGGUGUGGGUUCUGCUUUGUUAGAAAACUUGGAGGCUGAAACUGCCAAAAGAUUUAUUCAUGAAUUGAUUGCCCAUGUGUGGUGCGAGAACACCGCCGGUGUCGCGUGGUAUGAGCUGAAGGGCUUUAUCAAGAAGGAUGAGGUUGAAAAGGGGUACUAUGAAGCCCAAGGCUUGAAAAAUCCAGACGCCUACGUGAUGGUCAAGAAGAUCUAAAUGAUGUAUAUAAAUGUUGCUGGCAAAUAGAUAAAAGAAUGUUAAAUCUUUAUGACAGGUCCUAAAAGGUAAGGCUUUACUUAUGUCGAAUAUUAAACGUUUC